GGGAGAUUCACUCUAGACUUCUGUAGCAACUUUCUGACUCGCUUACACACACCAACAGCUCUGAGAGACACAUGCUCUGAAGACAUUUAGGAGGGCAGAAGUGUGGAGAGCAACUGGUAAUAACAAUAUAAGAGUUUUUUAUUCGUCUCUUGAGGAAAUAAGCCAGAAUGUAUCAGGACGUGGUCCUCAGGAGCGCCGGGCUCUGGGUGAUUCUGAGUUUAGCAGUCGGUCAGCUGACUGAGCAGGAGAUAUUAAAUAUCGUGGAUUUGCACAACGAACUCCGCUCUCAAGUUCAGCCCAGCGCCGCUUUCAUGCAGAAAGUGGUGUGGGACGAGACUAUUCGUCUGGUUGCUGAAGGAUAUGCAGCAAAAUGCAUCUGGGAUCAUAAUCCUGACCUUGAGCAUCUCACAAUGGGGGAAAACCUCUUUGUAGGCACAGGACCAUUUAAUGCAACCAAAGCUGUCAUGGACUGGUUUAAUGAAAAUUUGGAUUACAAUUAUAACACUAAUGACUGUGCUGAAGACAAAAUGUGUGGCCAUUAUACUCAGCUGGUUUGGGCAAACACUACAAAAAUCGGCUGUGCUUCUUAUUUUUGUGACACUCUGGAGAAACUGCAUUUUGAGAAAGCCACGCUUCUUAUCUGCGAUUACUACCCUCAAGGAAAUAUUGAGGGCCAAAAGCCAUAUGAGUCUGGAGAGUCAUGCUCUAAAUGCCCUGAAGAAUGUGAAAACAACAUCUGUGUGAUGGAGAAUCUAUUUCCUCCUUUUGAAGAUACAGAUCCUAAGUCUACUCAAAUGUCGACGGAACCGAAGGUUCAAGAGCCCACAGUAGUGUAUGUUGAAACUAAGGAGAGAGACAUGCUAACAAAAAUAAUCAGUCAAGGAUCUACAGUGCAAAGUGUUUCAGCUUCGCUACUGAUGCUCUUCUGGCUGCUGGCGGCCUUAGUUUUGUGAGGGUUUGCAUAGAAGAACUAUAAUUUCCUGAUGAAAAUCACAGAAAACACAGAAAAAGAUCUUAUUAUUUUUGUCUUGUUCUCCUGUGUAAAUAUCUAAACAUAUAUGCAAAAAUCAGAAAAAUCUGAGAAGCAAACUGACCCAUAUUAUCCCAAAAUGUCGGCUCAGAAAAAUUGAUUUGUUUUUGUCUUGAUUUAUUUUUAUUUUUUUUACUACAAUUGCAGAGCACAAACUCAUUUAAUUUUGACCUUUUCUUCAGAAAACUAUAGCGUGGUAAAAUUUAUUAAAAUGGAUGGAUGGAUAGAUGGUUACACUGUAGAUGGAUGGAUGGAGGCAGCCAGCACUGUCACCUCACAGCAAGAAGGUUGCUGG